AUGGCUAAAGAGAAAUCAUAUUUACUACCGGGUAUUCAGAUUCUCGAUGUGCCGAUAAAUUUCCAGCAACUCCACCACCAGGCGCCUACAAACCUAAACCGCCGAUACUCGCUCCGAGAUCUUCGUCACCCAAAGGAAAAGGCCCAUAACUCCAUAAGUGAUGAAAAGUUACAAGAGGUGACAGGGAUUGAAGAAGAGUAA